UGCGUGUGAGAGAGAGAGAGAGAGAGAAGGGCCCUGGCAUUGGUGGGGGUUGGGGGGGCUGGUGGAUGACCCGAGCCAGUUAGCCGUCUCUGAAAAUCGCCCUCGACGCUCAGAUCUCCUCUCGCUCCCCUCCCUCUCUCGUUUAGUUUCCGCUUCUUCCUUCAUGUCUCGCGCCCUCUCUCUGCAGAUUCGUUCCUAAAGAGAGAGAGAGAGGGAGAGAGGCAAACUUCUGCUUUCUCCUCCUCAUCUCUCCUCCUUUCUCUUUCUCUUAUGGACCCAUCUCUUCUUCUGUCCCUUUCUUUUGUUUCUUCUCCGUCGUCUUCCUGCUUCUUCUGUUCAUGGCAUUGCAAAUGACGUGGGUGAACGCAUAUAGAAGGAAGAGCCCUCCCCUUGGCCUCCGCAACCUCGGCAAUUCCUGCUACCUCAACAGCGUUCUCCAGUGUCUCACCUACACCCCUCCCCUCGCCAACUUCUGCCUCAGCAACCGCCACUCCUCCAUAUGUGAAUUAUCCAAUGUGAGCAAGAAACAUGAGUGCCCAUUUUGUUUGUUAGAAAAGAGAAUAGUCAGGUCUCUCAGCAUUGAAAGCCCUUUAGAUGUGCCGGCCAAGAUCCAGAGCUCUAUACAGAUCUUCGCAAAACAUUUCCGGAUAGGCAGACAGGAGGAUGCUCAUGAGUUCCUACGGUAUAUGAUGGACGCUUGUCACAAUACAUGCCUGAAGCUGUUGAAAUCAAGAAAUGGUGUAGUAUGUCAAAAUGGUCAAGCAAAUGGGAAAACUGAGAAAGUUGAACCAAAUACCAUAGUGAAGGAGAUAUUUGGGGGAGUGUUGCAAAGCCAAGUGAAAUGCCUUUCUUGUGAUUUUGAAUCAAAUAAGAUGGAUGACAUAAUGGACAUCAGCCUAGAUUUGUUCCAGUGUAGCUCUUUGAAAGAAGCCUUACAACGAUUUUUUCAACCUGAGAUUUUGGAUGGGAGUAAUAAAUAUAGCUGUGAAAAGUGUAACAAGUUAUCAGCCGCCAGGAAGCAGAUGUCUAUUUUUCGAGCCCCCAAUGUCCUUGUAAUCCAACUAAAGAGAUUUGAAGGUGUACAUGGCUUGAAGAUUGAUCGACCCAUUACCUUUGGAGAAGAUUUGGCUCUUGCAGCUCAUAUGUGUAAACAAGCCCACGAUCCUCAACCAGAAUACAGUCUUUUUGGUAGCAUUGUGCAUGCAGGAUAUUCGCCAGAAUCUGGUCACUAUUAUGCAUAUGUCAAGGAUGCCAGUGGUCAAUGGUAUUGCUGCAAUGACGCUCAUGUUACACUUGCAACUGUGGAGGAAGUUUUGUCUGAAAAAGUGUAUAUUCUGUUCUUUGUGCGCACUAAUCAUCGGCCAAAAUUUGUGAAAUCUCUCACAUCUAAUGGGAAUGGUAUAAUUUUUUGCAAUGGGAAAGGAGAUUCGGUUGUUGAAAAAGCAAAGCACUUGCAUAAGCAAUCAGCAUUUGUGCUAACUAAUGGCAAUUAUUCUACAAAAUGUUCUCCAAACUCAUCAACUUUUGAGAAAGAGCCUCCAAAUGCGAAAGUGAAAUUUAGCAUUGUGCAACCAGCUGCUCCUGAAUCCAGAAGAGGUGAUGCAAAUGGAAACACUUUUCCAAAGAUUCAAGAGGAGGCAUCAAAGGGAAGGCUGAGAAAACCUGAAGAGUUGUUGAUCCAAAGACAGAAGCAGGUGUCAUCAACCAACAGCAAUGGUGUUGGUGAGGCAGAUUCUUCUAAAAAGGACAAUGAUUCUACAACAAACAAGUCAUUACCAGAUCAUGCUUGUGGUACUGUAACUAAUAAACGGCCUUGUAUUAAUAGUAAUGGCCUAACUAUGGUGGGGCAAUGUGCGAAAAUACAAAGCAGGAAAGGACAAUGUGAUAACAAUGUAAGCAGGGCUUGGUACUUGAACACCAGGGAGGUCAAAAGAAAAGUCUGUGAUGGUGAUGUGGCCAAUGUUUCCAAUUCAAGUAAUGGUGGCUUGCAUGCUCUGUCUGGACAAGAAUCUGGGUGCAAAUUAUCAGGCAUGUCUUCUGGCAGAGAACAUAUUAGCAUAGAGAUGAAGUUGAAGGAAAAGCUUUGCCAAGAUGCAUUGGCUUUUCUACGAACAUGCCAGUGGUAUGAUGAAGUGUAUUCUUUCAUGCGUGACAAGAAGCGGUUAUGUUUGAGAGAUGCAAGCAUUCCUAGAACUGAUUUUAAGCCACUUUUGAUAUCCGAUGCCAAGGCAACCUUCAAUUCUCAAAUUCCACAAGCUCUAAAAGUGCAUCUACUUGAACGCAUAGAAUCAUGUAUCUCGGGUCAAAAAUGAAUUUGUUGCCGAGUCGGCCAAGGCUUAUAGCUAUUGAUGCGUAUGCCUUUUGAAGGACUACAUGCAACUAAUGCCCGGAUAGAGGUGGACAUUGCCGGUCAAGAUCGGAGAAUAUCAAUCUUGUUAUUCUGAAUAUUGAAUAACAAAGUUGACCAUGUGGACCUAUCGAGAUUAAUGAUUGCAAUUUGUUUUUCUGUGCUUUUCUGCAGUUCCAAAGAGGCGGGAAUAUGUUUUCAAAAAUUUCUUGUAAUCAUCUGUCAAAUAUAAAUUUUGACGCUGUACAGAGUUCCUUUAUUGCACCAUCAUUCCAGGAGAACAGACAGAGAUAAAGUACUGGGGAGGAGAAAUGGUAACAAGGGUCGCAUGUUUGAUUAAAUUAAGUAUCCAAAAUUACAUCCGCUUCGGUCAGUACUGGCUGAGUUGAGCAGUUUUGAUGUUCACGUUCUUGAACAUAUUUUCCCAUAUCCAUCGGUUCAUCGGGUGGCAUUUGAAAUGAUAUUUUAGUUUAUCUA